AUACUGCCAUCUUCAGUCAUAAACAACAAUCAGCUGGGCUAAAGUUUUUACGCCUGCAAUUACAAAAAACAUUCUUUCAGACAGUUAAACAUUUCGUUUAGCCGGAACAAGCAUGUCUGUUCUACGCCGUGACGUGUCGCCUUUUUUCCAACGGAUCCGGGCCUUUCUCCUGGGUCGUGAGCACAAUCUGGCGCUGCGCUUCGAGAACGACGUAGCCGAUCGCACCCAGCCCCCUCCAAGGAUCCCCGACGGACCCUCGCAGCUGUACUCGGCCAACUAUUACUGCCUGCGCGAUGGCCGUCGCGAGGUGACUCCACCCAUUGAUCUGGUCGCGCAGCAAAAGCAGCUCGCAUCGGACGGCGCAGUGCCCAAGGCGACCAAGCUACCCACUCCGGGCCAGGUAUACGCCUGGGACUAAAUUCAGUUUCAAGAAGAAAUCAUCUUUUUUUUUUAUGUUGUAACUUGAAGCGCUUGAAGCUAAAAUAGAAUCAAUUUAAGC